AUGCCAGCAAUAGAAAAGGAGGUCAUCAUAUUCGGAGAAGGUGGCGUGGGUAAAACAUGCUUCACUGACAUGUUUAUGCGAGAGCGGCAUUUCGCAUUCUAUGAUCCUACCGUGACCACACCAGAGCGCAAACGCGUGGUCAUAGAUGGCCUAGCCUGGUCGCUUCGCUUAGUCGACCUGAGGGCCAGUCUUUUCCAAGAGUCCGAUCUCCCAGGGGAGACGGGCUUUGCUCCCCGUUAUUUCGUUAAAAUGCUGAGGGACGCUGAUGGAAUCAUAUUCCUGUACGACAUCACGUCAAAGGCUAGCUAUGAGCAUAUUGUGAAUGAAGGAUAUUUGGAUGCUUGCCGCUGGAGGCGGAUGUACCGGGAAAAUACAACGACACUCAGGUCUUACCCUGCGGGAAUGCAGCGCUUUGGAUGCAUUCUUGUGGGCAAUAAACUCGACCUUGGCCAAGAGAAGAGGGAGGUUGAUAGAGAUGUUGCGCAAGAGUGGGCUGAGUCAAUGGGCAUGCAAUUCUUUGAACUGAGUGCGUUUAGCAACGAGUCGAUCAAGGAGGCUAUGACGGCAUUGGUGAAGUCUAUGAUCAAGGCUGAGGAGAGGGAUAAUGAAGAUCUUAGUGAAGGGGAGAACUUGAAAAAGAGUGUGGUGGCAAAGGCGAAGAAGCUAGCAUCUGGAGUUCCUUUUCGGGGUACUCAGCGGAAGAUGAUCUCCUUGUAA